CACUUAUCCACCAUCCUCUCCCUUUUCUUCGCUUCUUCUCCCUUCUCUUUCUCUCUCUCUCCCUCAAUCUCUUUCUUCUGCAUCUUUUCUUUUUUUAUUUUUUCCCGUUUCUUCAAUCCUCUUACUUCCUUUUCCCAAUUGUCUCAGCAGUUAUUAUACUUUUUUCUCAUCUCUCUCAAAUUACACAAUGUCGACUGAGAAAGAGAGAGAGACUCAUGUUUACUUGGCCAAGCUCGCUGAACAGGCCGAGCGCUAUGACGAAAUGGUUGAGUGCAUGAAAAAAGUUGCAAAACUUGAUUGUGAGCUGACUGUGGAGGAGAGGAACCUCCUUUCCGUGGGUUACAAAAAUGUGAUUGGUGCUAGGCGAGCUUCUUGGCGCAUUAUGUCUUCAAUUGAACAAAAGGAAGAGACUAAAGGAAAUGAGAACAAUGUGAAACUAAUUAAGGGUUACCGCAAUAAGGUAGAGGAGGAACUCUCUAACAUUUGCAAUGACAUUCUCUCCAUCAUAGACAAGCAUCUGAUCCCUUCUUCCUCUUCUGGAGAAGCCACUGUUUUCUACUACAAGAUGAAAGGUGACUACUAUCGUUAUCUAGCUGAGUUCAAGGCUGACCAGGACAGGAAGGAAGCAGCUGAGCAGUCACUCAAGGGUUAUGAGGCUGCUUCUGCCACUGCAAACACUGAUCUGCCUUCUACUCACCCAAUUCGGCUUGGGCUUGCCCUUAACUUCUCAGUUUUCUAUUAUGAGAUCAUGAAUUCUCCUGAGAGGGCUUGCCAUUUGGCGAAACAGGCUUUUGAUGAGGCUAUUGCAGAGUUGGACACCUUGAGUGAGGAAUCAUACAAGGACAGCACCCUGAUUAUGCAGUUGUUGAGAGAUAAUCUCACUCUCUGGACUUCUGACUUACCUGAAGAUGGAGGUGAAGAUAAUUUUAAAGGUGAAGAAUCAAAGCCACCUGCAGAAGGGGAGAGCCAGCAUUAAAGCAAAUGGAGAAUGCUGCACAUGAGAAGGGGAGGCUAGAGUACUUUGGAGACAGUGGCAUCUUUUUUAUUAGCUUUACUUGUGAGCGAUUCGAUUGGAUUGGAUUGAAGAAAGUAGGCACUCACUGCAUGAUGCUAUUUUCAUUUUGGGAUCUAUUAUAGCCUGAUGAUCAGUUGAUCUUUGCCUUUUUCUUUUUCUUCUUUAAUUUCUUCCCCUGUCUUUUUGGUUCUUUUCCUAAUUUUUCCUUUGCUUUUCCUUGCUUUACUUUUAAUAACUAUUAUUCCAUAUAUAAAACCUUUUACCGAAA